AUGCCCAAGGUCGUCUUCGACAGACUCAACUUCACGCAUCUGACGCCUACACCAAUGCACCUCCAGCUAGCAGACUCUUCGGUCCGCUAUCCAGAGGGGAUUGCUGAAGAUGUUCCAGUCAGAGUUCGAGACUACUUCGUCCCAGUUGACUUCAUAGUGCUCGACAAAAAAGAGACACCACUCAUACUUGGGCGGCCAUUCCUGAGCAUUGCCGGAGCACACAUCGAUGUGGGAGCUGGAGAAAUCCGCUUCAACAUCAACGGGAGAGAAGAAAAAUUCCCGUUUCGGCCCAAAAAGGAACAAUGCUCAAUGGUUAACAUUAAGUCUGGGUUAAGCACACAAGAAAGGGCUGAAGUAACAUCUCCCAACCUUGAUCCUACAACCACACGUUCCACAAAGAAGGUGUGGCGUAAGGUCGCAAGCUCAUCCUCGUCCAAUUCUCCAGGACGAGCCGAGCUGGGGUAA